AUGGAAAAAGCCAAACAUUACUCUGCUCUAGACGUGGCUGUGAAUCGAGGCAUAAACAAGCUUUUUGACCCACUCCAGGCAGCAAUGGCAUCACAUCCAUAUUACCCCCUGGAGGCCGACAUCGUCGGCUAUUCGCCCAACCAAACCCCCGUGCUCGAGCUUCUUAUUUCGGCCGGAGGGGGUUGUGCGGGCCUGCUCGGAUUGACUUUUGCCGUGACCAGUUACGUGCGACCGAGUUUGCGCCUGGCAGACCGGAUCGCCAUCCUGUGGUUUGUGCUGUCCGGGACUUUACACUGCUUCUUCGAGGGCUACUUUAUGAUCCAUCAUGACCAUAUGGCCUCGGCCCAAGAUCUGUUUGGGCAGCUGUGGAAGGAAUAUGCACUGUCCGACUCUCGGUACAUGACCUCCGAUACCCUAGUGCUCUGCAUGGAGACCAUGACCGUGCUGCUGUGGGGACCUUUGUGCUUUGGCGUUGCAUAUCUGACCGCGACGAGGCACUCCUUGAGGCAUCCGAUACAGCUGAUGGUGUGCAUGAGCCAUCUCUACGGCGAUACACUGUACUAUGCGACGAGCUUGUUCGACCACUACGUGAACGGAGUGGCCUACUGUCGACCGGAAGCGUAUUAUUUCUGGCUGUAUUAUUUCUUUAUGAACUUCAUCUGGAUCGUGGUCCCGGCAUACUAUCUCUUCGACAGCGUCAGGACCAUUUCGGGCGCCAUUCGGACCGAGCAGGAGUCAGGCGAGAAGCACAAGUCCCAGUGAACACCUCUUCCGUCAUAGCCG